AUGCUACUAGUCAAUAGAUCGAAACAAAACAAUCCAUCCAAAUCAUCAGGAUCACCUCCUAAACAAAACAUUCAAACCCUGUCCAAGCUGCUACUUUACAACCCCUCACUGGAAUCCUUUCCCUCUUCGGUAUCUACCAGUGCCCCACCUGUAGUUGCCAAUCCCACCAUAUCACCACAAAUCAGUGAACCGCAUAGCACCCAAAUCCUGGCAACCACAAGCACAGAAAUUUCACCAGAAAAGAAGUCCACUUCAAGGUUCAAUUUCACUGGCAUAUUUAAAAAACUUGGAAGUUCUGCAACCUCUAUACCAGUGACAAGAUCAUCAACUGCUGUUUCUGCUGAUCCUGGGUCAUGCCAUCUUUUAUCAUCUUCUAAUGAUGGUCCAAGUUGUAAUCAGCAAGCCUUGAUUGGCAACUCCACGUCUGCAUCUUCCAAUAAUGUCAAUAAUGAAACUUCAGCCACGCCGCAAGUAUUAGAGCUGAACAACCGUACAAGCAGGCAUCAUUCAGGAUCAAUUUCGAUUCCUUCAGAUGAUGACGCUUGUUUGGAAAUACGGCUUGACGAAUGCAUUGAAGAAGAAAUAGCACCAGACGAAAUGGAAGAAGAUGAGGCCGAGGAUUACGAUGAUUAUGAUGAUGACGAUGGAAGCCAAUACAAUAGUAAGGUUUACUCAUCCGCAAUCAAAAGAAAGGCAACAGGAGCCACAAUUAGGCCCUCGCUGUCAGUUUCUACUACCAAUACCUUGAUUCAGAAGAUUUCUGGAAUUUCCUUGGUAUCUACGACGCCUACCCCAACAUCUACGCCACCUAAUUUAGAGUUCCAGCCCUCUACAGCAAGUCCAGGGUUAUUAACUACCGAGCCUUCAAAUAUUUUAGAGACACCCAAUACUAAGAUGCAUACUCCAAGUCUGUCUUCCCACAACCUCAACCAUGAUUCAAACUUGCUUUUUGCUCCAACACCUAAUGAUCGAUACACCAGCUUUACAUCAGAGUGCAUAUCACUUCAAAAUAGUGAGAUGACAUCAACAUUCUCAGCAGAUAUAGAAGACGGUAGUGCUAAUAAUGCUUCUACAACUGUGUCGUUGAGCUCACAGGGACCGUUUUCACCAAAUGUUUCAUACACACCACCCCCUUUGGCAGGCGUUGAUUCAUCAGCAACAAUUACUCCAUCACGUACUCCUGAGCAAGGUAAAUCCUCAAAGAAGCAACCUUCUAAGAGAAAAACUUUGAGAACCAUUCUUAGAUAUGCAAACUAUAACAAAAAAUCUGACCAUAUGGAUGUGAAUAAGUCUACUAUAGGACAAUCAACAAAUGACGAUUUUGGUGUCUUUCAGGAUUUGGAAACCUCUGAAGAGGACCCAAACACUUAUCUUCUGGAUACAGAAUCUGAUUUAAACUUUGAUCCAAGUCAGGAAGAAUCUGCCAAUGACUAUAAAAAGGGUGGGUAUCACCCUGUCACUAAGGGCGAAGUAUAUUACUCUACAAGACUACCAAAUAGGGAGUACAUUAUCCUUCAGAAGUUAGGUUGGGGUCACUUUUCUACAGUUUGGUUAGCAAAGUGUAGAUAUAAUCGAAACCUAGAAAGCACUACAACACAACAAGCAGAUGGUUCUGAUUCUGUUUCUGAACAUGAAGCAUCCCUUCACCGAACUCGAAGUCAGCAAUCUAAGCAUUGCCAUCAUAGACGUUCACAUUCACUUUCUAGACAGCCUAGUUUUGCCGAUAAUUAUUUGACAGAUGAUGGCACCCAUACUACAGGAGAUGUUUUAGAUUACUACGUCGCGAUAAAGUUUGUCAAGUCUCAUAAAACAUAUAGUGAAGCUGCUGAGGACGAAAUUCGUAUAUUACGAACAUUGGAUACUCCAUUAAAAUGCCCCCCUAACGAUAAAUUUAUGGAGCAUUACGAUAGCUACUUUGGGAAGUUCAAAUUCAACCUGCAAGGUCAACCUGUUUCUCAUGAAGGAUACGGACAUAUUAUGAAACUACUUGAUGACUUCCAUGUCAAAGGACCAAAUGGAAGUCAUAUUUGCAUGGUUUUCGAAGUUUUGGGGGAGAAUAUGCUUCAUUUCUUGUACAAGUAUAAAUCAUUAUUCAAACACGGAAUCCGUUCCAAUAAUGAUCUUCACAAAUUGCAAUUGGAUCAAGAGAUACAACAAACCCAAAACAGCUUUCUGUCAUCUAACUGCCCCUGUGGAAAUUCAAAUAUUGGAUUCCCAACUAUAGCGGAAUCCUGUCAUUGUGGUCCAACUAGUAAAUGUUCUUGUGAUGUAACUCUGGAUCCACCACUUCAAAAUAUUCCAUCCCAGCCAAAGAGGUCAUCGUAUGCAAAUCUUUUUAGGGAGCAACUAAUGUUUGUGAAGCCCCAAAUAAAGCCCAAAAAACAAUCAUCAACCAUUUCCAAACUUAGUUUAGGCUUGCUAACUACUCAUCAUAAUGAAAGCAGCGACAAAGAGGAUUUACCUCUGCCUAAUGAACCAUCUAUGGACGAUAAGGCAUCUAUUAUUAUAAAGUCACCUAUUUCGGAUAAAGGUAGUCCUGAAAUUGAUCCACUUGUUCCUAAACAUUUCAACUCCACACUACAUGAAAGUUUGGACUUGAAAAAGCUUCACCAAGAUAACUUGCUAAAACUCUAUGGAGAUCUGAAGUCAUAUGGUGGUCUACCGCUUUCAUUAGCAAAAUCAGUUAUAAAACAAAUUCUUAAGGCUUUGGACUACAUGCACCAUUGUGGUGUUAUUCACACCGACUUAAAACCCGAAAAUAUAUUGAUAGAAAUAAAGGAUGUUGGUAAGUUGAUCAAGUAUUUUGAACACGAAAAGCUAUCAAAAUUGAAGCAAUUCUAUCCCACACGUGGCGUGGAUACCCCGAUUUUGUCAAAGCAUUCCAGCAUGAAGAAAUCUUCUCUCUCUAGGGCUAGGGGUUCAUCGGUGGCUUCUACAAGCUCUCUUGUGAUGGGAUCAUAUAAAAAAUCCAAGAAUUCAAUCGUUAGUAAAUUUGACUCCCCCAUUAGGUGUUCCAAACCUCUUUUCACUGUUUCAACAGAAAACAUUUCCUUCAAAGAUGUGGGUUCAUCAAACAGUCAAAAAAAUCCACAACAAACAACAACUCGGUCGUCGUCAUCCAUUUCUGGUACUUCAUUCUCCCACUCCACCUCAGCUGCUGUUAACACUAGCAGUAAUUCAUCUUAUAUUUCCGUUUCGACACCCUUACAAACAAUUCCGUCUGUAAACGGGAGUACAUCUUCUACAAAUUUAGCCUUGGCUGCUCCACUUAGAAGUCCCUCGUUCUUGAAUACAAGACGGAAGCCUUCAACUUCAGGAGGCAAGGGAGUCAGUCCUAAGACGUUUUCGCUUAUGGGUGACGGCCAUGAUCAAAGAAGAUCACCAUUCAUAAAACGUCUUGGCAGUGCUUCUUCGGUAUCGACAUUGAACUCAGCCAAUAGUAGAUUAGUACCCGGUUCAGAUUUCUCCCUUGGUCCUCCAGCUUUAUCAACUUCAGCCUCGGUUGGAGUUAAUUCUAUCCAACAAUUUUCAUCUGAAGAGAUACAUGUUAAAAUAGCUGAUUUGGGAAAUGCUACAUAUGCCCAUUCCCAUUUCACCAAUCAAAUUCAGACUCGCCAAUAUAGAGCGCCUGAAACUAUCUUAAGACACGACUCAUGGGGAGCCUCUACUGAUAUGUGGUCGCUUGGAUGUAUUAUAUUUGAGUUGAUAACUGGAGAUUACUUGUUUGAUCCACAUAACGGGACGCAUUUUGACAAGGAUGAAGACCAUUUGGCUCAAAUAAUAGAACUACUAGGGGAAUAUCCACCUGAUGAAUUUUUGAUUGACUGCUAUUUCACUACAAAAUAUUUCAAGUUAGAUGAGAAUAACGAGCAACACCAAGUUGUAUUGAAGAAUAUUUCUAAUUUGAAGGUUUGGAAGUUAAGAAAUGUUUUGAUUGAGAAAUAUAAAUUUGACCCUGAAGACCCUGAAUUGGAGUUGAUAGUCGAUCUUAUACUAAAAUGUUUACGUUACAAUGUUGAAGAUAGAUAUGAUGCUCACUCGUUGUUAAAACAUCCAUGGUUUACUGGUGAAGCUCUGAACGAAGAAUUGGCAAAUGACCAUGAUGAUAUUCCAGGAUAUUCGGAAUCGUUCAAAGGUGAUGAUGAUGAAGAGGCAGAAGAAUUUGAAGACUAA